AUGGGUAGCUUCGUAUUUACGUGGACGCACCCAGCCAGUGAGGUAUACGUUACUGGAACUUUUGAUAACUGGUCGAAAAGUGAACGACUAGAUUUGACAGGGGACGUCUUUUCAAAAAACGUACUCCUCCCUAGCGCUACAGAAAAAAUAUAUUACAAGUUCGUUGUCGAUGGUAAUUGGGUCACUGACCAUACCGCCCCACAAGAGAACGACGAUUCUGGAAAUCUGAACAAUAUUCUUACGCCAGAUCGGAUUAAUAAAAUUACUCCCGAGACUCUAGGAAUUAUGUCUGGAGUCACACCGAACUCGACAACCGCAAGUAUGGUUGGGGCUAUUCCGCUUGAUAAAAAUAAAAGAUGUGGCUCUAUCUCAUUACCUGGAACAUUUCCUGAGACUCCAGCCCCGGGUGAGGAAACUAAUCAACCCAAUAUACUUUCAAGCAAAGUAUUGCAAGCAAAUAACAGUCCAAAAGCAAAGGAAGGUCCGAAUUUACCAAUCCCAUCUUUAUCGCUAACGCGAAACGCUCAACACGCCAUAGAUCCUACUGUUUCAUCUUCAAUGAGGUUAAUCCCAGACCCUAGCUCAAAUUUCGAGUCCUCUCAAGCGACUCUCUUCACAGACUCUAUAAUUCAAUCCGUCGGUCCCCAGAGCUCUACUGCCGCUCUAGUAGGAGAGAUUCCUAAAACAUUGCGUAAACCGAUAGAGCAGAACAAUGAAGACAAGUCUGACAAUGCCAAUAAUGACAUGCACACACAGAUAGUAGAACCCGAGAAUGAAGCUUUCAAUGAUUCGAAUACUGAACAUAUUAAACCUGUCGCAAAGGUUACAGAAUCAUCGCAAGACCAGAACUCCGUAGCUCAUCUGCCUCUUCCGAAUUCACACGAACUGGUUACUGAUAAAAAGCUAUCAGGACCAGUCUCUGAACAGCAUCCUGUUCCGUAUCCAGCCAAUGACAGACUAAAAGAGGUAGGAUCUCAGGAUGUAUUAACUGAGGUGGCUAAAGAUAUUUCCAACGAUUUGAAGGAAGGAAAUAUUAUAACUGAGAAAAACUCCGACUUAAAUUGCCGCAAGACUCCAGAAAAAAAUUUGGAUGAAGACAUAGUUUCAAGAGAUUUUUGCCCGGUUAACAGGUUUGGUGUUUCGACCGGGGUAUCCUCCUCGAACGCAGAGCCGGUUACUGCCUCGCCACCAGUAUCUCAGCACGUCGUCCAACCAGUUCCAGACUCUAUCACUGAACAGACAACUAGACUAUCAAUCCCAGAUGAUGAUUUAGCUGCUUCUGGCAGUAACAGUCCUACUGUUACUGACAAGACUGAUAAGAAAAAGAAACGCUCAAGCUUUUUUGGAAAGCUGAAAGCUAAGCUCAUAUACAAAGAUAAGGAUUAG